GUUCAAAGUGAUUUCAGAUAGUUCGAUGGCCAUAUGAGAGUCGACACCACUUCAAAGUAUACAUAAAUUUUAUCAGUUUCUUUUCUCUUAUCGGUUGCGAAUUGGAAAUAUUUUUUUUUGUUGAUUUUAAUGGUGGCAAAUCGAAAUAUUUUUAAAUUAGUCAGAAAGUGGUUGGUUUUAUUAAUUUAAAUCAUUUGAAAACAUGGAUAAUAUCUGGGAUCCAGUGUACAAUUUAACAGCUUUACGACCGGAAGCCAGGAUUGGCGAGCCAACGGUACGAAAACUAGGUUGGAAUAUACCGCCUGAUGAACUAGCAACAAUCCCAGAUCAUUGGCUAAGUUAUGAUGAACCAAACGUUUCAAUUCAUUAUUUAUUGGGCACUCUUUAUAUAGCCUUCACGAUUGUUGCACUCCUCGGGAACGGUUUGGUGUUAUGGAUUUUCACAUCUGCAAAAUCGUUACGAACGCCAUCAAAUAUAUUUGUUGUGAAUUUGGCACUUUGUGAUUUUGUGAUGAUGUUAAAGACACCAAUUUUCAUUUACAAUUCAUUCACACACGGAUAUACCCUUGGACAUGCAGGUUGCCAAGUGUUUUCCAUAAUGGGUGCUUUUUCAGGCAUCGGUGCGGCGAUAACGAAUGCAUUCAUCGCAUACGACAGAUAUCAUGUUAUCGCUAAUCCUCUGGAGGGAAAAUUAACGAUGACUAAAGCCAUUUUCAUUGUGAUUCUUAUAUGGUGCUAUACAGUGCCAUGGGCCUUAUUUCCGUAUUUCCAAGUAUGGGGCCGCUUCGUUCCGGAGGGUUACUUGACAUCGUGCACAUUUGAUUACUUGACGGAUUCAUUUGAUAAUCGACUUUUCGUCGCCGUUCUCUUCACAUUCAGCUACUGCAUCCCAAUGACGUUGAUCAUUUAUUAUUAUAGUCAAAUUGUUAAUCACGUUUUUCAACAUGAAAAAACAUUAAGAGCUCAAGCCAAGAAAAUGAACGUCGAUUCGCUUCGAUCAAAUCAAAAAGGCGGCGGAAAUACAACAGCCGAAGUUCGCAUCGCCAAAGCAGCAAUUACAAUUUGCUUUUUGUUUGUUGCAUCAUGGACACCAUACGGAACUAUGGCACUUAUCGGUAGCUUUGGAAAUCGGGCUCUCUUGACUCCUGGUGUGACCAUGAUACCAGCAUGUGCGUGCAAAUUUGUUGCAUGUCUCGAUCCAUAUGUCUACGCCAUCAGUCAUCCACGAUACAGAAUCGAGCUUCAAAAGCGAUUGCCAUUUUUGUCUAUCGUCGAGAAGGAAGAAAAAGUCUCUGAUGCAGUGUCAAUGGUAACCACAGAUGCACACCAGGCAUCAGCAUAAAAUACAAAUUGAACAUAAGCGACGGCUAACAAAACUGGAUGAAUCUCAAUCAACGCAAAUCUAAAUAGAAUAGAAAAUUAAAAAGUCUGCCACUCAUUUUAAUUUUUUGUUUGUACGAUGAUUUUCAUCGACCUAAUUUUUCUUUAAAUAAAAAUUAAUGUUUUUUU